AUGUCAGAAGCCAGCAAAGUAAGCCACCACAUCAAAGUCUUCCAGGUCGCGGACUUCCUCGCUCUACCGCUCCGCGACCGGGUCCUUCGUCUCGAAAAAGAAGUCCUUGACGACCCAGAAUACUUCGGUUUUGACACGCACUCGCUUCGAAACGCCAACCUGGAACUUCUCGAUGCGCAACCCAACUUUGUGAAAUGGAGCCUGGAUGUCGGGUCGGAGUUGUGCAACAAAUCUGGCAACUUGCACGGUGGCGCUUCGGCGACGCUGCUGGAUAAUCUGACGAGUACGGCGCUCCUGACGAUCGCGCGCCCGGGGUUCCUAGAUGGUGGACAUGUCAGCAGGACGAUCACUAUGAGCUAUUUGCGGCCAGUCCCGAUGGGCAGCAAGGCGAUUGUGGACUGUGAGGUUCAAGCGGCUGGGAGGAACACGGCAAACAUUGUGGGCAAGAUCUACGUAAACGACAAGCUCUGUGUUACGUGUGUGCACGAUAAAGCAGUCUUCCCGAGCCCGAAGCAGGCCAAGUUAUAG